CUAAAAACAACCAGGAAGAAGGAGACGUUCGUUCUUUCCUGUGGAGGGAAAAAAGGCGCAUCUUAUAGGCUGAAGUUAAAAGUUGUAGCGUUUCUCUGUCGACUGCUCAUAACAGGACCGACUCACCAUGCUUGACCAACAGGAAAAUAGCCCGCAUGACAUUCCUGACUAUGACGGCAUAGAGGAUGAAGCUUUCCCCCCACUCCCACCACCACACUCCCCAGGCCGGGGAGCCCAGGAGGAAGGAGACCCUUUUGCAGAUGGAGAUGAAGGUGAGGUAUCACAGCUGGCUGAUGUCCCUACUGCUAAAAGGAGAGGCGUGAAGAGACCCCAACCCAAGCUGGACUCCCACAGGCUGAUAUCAGAUAGAGGGCUUCCAACUCUGGGCACUCUCUUUGACAAUAUCCAGUUCAAAGGCAAAGGACACGAGGCUGCAGACCUGCGGCUGCUAAUGCAGAAGAUGGAAAACUGGGCCCACAGGUUGUACCCCAAAUUGCAAUUUGAAGAUUUUAUUGACAAAGUGGAAAGGCUCGGCAGCAAAAAGGAAGUGCAGACAUGUCUUAAACGAAUACGACUGGACAUGCCCCUGACACAUGAAGAUUUUACAAGUACAGAUGGUGCUGGUGACAAAGAGGUACAACGUGAACUGGAAACAUUUGGGGAUCCUGAUCUAUUCAGCAGAGAGAGCUUUGUUAAUGAUCCCCAGGGGCAGAUUGCCGAACUCCUCGCUCCCCCACCUACUCCCUCUCUGACCGAAGAGCAGCAGAAACGCAUUGAGCUGAACAGACAGCGGGCCCUGGAAAAGAGGCUCGCACGCCAGCAGCAGCAACAAAUUGACUCUCAGACUGCUGACAUGUUAGGAGACAAACCUCCAGCUGCGUCCUCACCAAAUGUCAUCAACAGUUCUACCGGUGGAGAUGAAACUGUAGAAGAUCCUGACCUCGAGCCUACCAACAACACCUCCACGCAACAAACCAGCCCACUUCCCCCCAAAGACUCUGAGCCCGCUGAGGCUGAGGAAGAGACCGGCCUCAGCCCUGAGCAACAACUCAGUAACGACUGUAAAGGAGGGGAUUAAAGUUCAUAUGCAGCACAGUUUCUGCUGAAAAGCUUUGGCAGUGAGCAGAUUUAAAGGUUUCCCAAUUUUCAUGCCUACUCAUUCGAGUAUUAAUGUGCAUUUAUGGUGGUUUAUAUCUUGAGCACAUGUUCCCACUGUGACGUCAGCUUUGGAUUAGCAAAGACAUUUAUAUUUAUAAUCAAUGGAAAUCUUUUUUUUUAACGUCCAAAUCCUAAAUGUAUUUACCAUGUGUUGGUAUCUAGAUGUUAUAGAAAAAUAUUUGAACAACUGAUCCACAGUUCCAGCUCUCAUAUGUAUCUAUAUCCAGUGUGUAGUAUGUGGGCUGUAGGUGAGAUUACCAUCAACUGACCAUCACCCUCUUCCAAGCAUUAAAUGCUCGUUCAAAUAUGAACAGUUGUUUCUUAAGCCACUGCUUGGUUAGUUCUAGGCUACUGCACGGACAUGAAAACACAGCACGAUGAAAUGGCUCCAUCUGAGCUAAUGAAAACACCAUUUUUAAUUGCAGGCCACUGCACACUUAUUGAAACAGUUAGGUCCAUUUCAUAUUUCUGUUGGUAGUUCUAGAAAACAAUCUUAAAAUCCACAAACCAAAAAACAGUUCUGAUUAUUUAUCAGUUUAAGUUCAAACAAUAAAAAUGCCCUUAAAAUGUUA